AUGCCGAAGCUUCAGAGGUACAGAGGCGUAAGGCAGAGGCACUGGGGUCCCUGGGUCUCCGAGAUCCGCCACCCACUCAUGAAGGCGAGGGUCUGGCUGGGCACGUACCGGACGGCGGAGGACGCGGCGCGGGCCUACGACGAGGCGGCGCGGCUCAUAAGCGGGCCGGAGGCGCGCACCAACUUCCCCAACAAUGGCACCGGCGGCGGCAGCAUCUCCCCGAGCCUGCGCGCCAUGCUGGAGAAAAGAUUCAUGUCGACGUCGCCGGCGCCGGCGGUGAACGACGAGGCCGGGGCGGCAAGGAACGGAUACGGAAAGGGCCGACGUAACAACGAGGACGUCCGCGGCGCCAACAGCUUCGCCGCCGACGAGGAUGAGGACUACAUCGAGGAGAUGAUCAGGGAGAUGACCCACUACGGCUCCGUGGAGAUCGUCCACUCCUCCGCCUGCUCCAGCUCCAUGCUCUAGUUAGCGAGCCAGUAUCCAACCAUUUAGCUUGUCGUCGUGUCGUCGUCGUCAUCCAUUGUCUCUCGAGUUGUUUUGUUAUUGUUAGGCUAGGCGUGUCGUUCCGUUAUAGUGUCCUCCAUGGACGAUCAGCCGUCGGCAGUGGCAUUGUUGCCCAGCCGGGGACCCCUUCUCCUGGGAUCGCGCUGUGUGCUCACAACGGGGAAGGGGACCGGAGAUCUUUCAGGAUAAGGGGUCUCGAUUUGGGUCAUGAUGUGAGGACUCUGCCGCGCUCUGUCGCGUAGCAGCGUGCUUGCUUGGCGUCUGGCCAUACUAUCUUUUCCUUUCAUGAGAAAUAUCUUCCCUCUGCAAACUAUAUAUAUACUGUACAAGAUAUUCAGGUA